CAGAGGAUGAGGCGGCGAUGGUGGUCUCACGAUCUCCCCACCCCCCAGGUCCCGGUCGCCGAGGUGCCCGGAUGUAGUGGAUGAGGCAGCGUCAGGCUCGCUCCUGUCCCCGGGACGUGUAGGCGGCUGGCGAGCGCCCCGAGCCGGGAGCGCCCAGUGCGGGGAGGGAGAGCCGGAGCCUACGCGAGCCGCAUCCUCCCCCCGCCGCCUUGCCGAGCGACCGGCCAGCUGCCCCGGCCAAGCCGAGAGGCCCCGCUGCCCUCCCCCAGUGCAGCCCCCGCGGAGACGCCCCCCGUGGCCGGGCCUCCCGCCGGGGCCCCGCGUCCUUCCCCCGGGCCCGUGCGCGAGGGGCGGCCCCGGCAUGAGCAGCGCCCGGAACAACCGCGUGAUGGUGGAGGGGGUCGGGGCCCGGGUGGUGCGGGGCCCGGACUGGAAGUGGGGGAAGCAGGACGGCGGCGAGGGCCACGUGGGCACCGUGCGCAGCUUCGAGAGCCCGGAGGAGGUGGUGGUGGUUUGGGACAACGGCACCGCGGCCAAUUACCGCUGCUCCGGGGCCUACGACCUGCGCAUCCUGGACAGCGCGCCCACCGGUAUCAAGCAUGAUGGAACUAUGUGUGAUACUUGUCGACAGCAACCAAUCAUUGGCAUCAGAUGGAAAUGUGCUGAAUGCACAAAUUAUGAUUUAUGCACAGUCUGUUAUCAUGGGGACAAACAUCACCUGAGGCAUCGUUUUUAUAGAAUAACCACACCAGGAAGUGAAAGGGUGCUGUUAGAGUCUCGUCGUAAAUCAAAGAAAAUUACAGCAAGAGGAAUCUUUGCAGGUGCCAGGGUGGUACGAGGAGUUGAUUGGCAAUGGGAAGAUCAAGAUGGUGGCAAUGGACGUAGGGGGAAGGUAACUGAAAUCCAGGACUGGAGUGCAUCAAGCCCACACAGUGCAGCAUAUGUUCUAUGGGACAAUGGCGCUAAAAAUCUUUACAGAGUUGGCUUCGAGGGCAUGUCUGACCUGAAAUGUGUUCAGGAUGCCAAAGGAGGCUCUUUCUACAGGGACCACUGUCCUGUGCUAGGUGAGCAAAAUGGUAACCGGAAUCCUGGUGGGCUGCAGAUUGGUGAUCUGGUAAACAUUGACCUUGAUUUAGAAAUUGUACAGUCUUUGCAGCAUGGUCAUGGGGGAUGGACUGAUGGCAUGUUUGAGACCUUAACCACCACUGGCACAGUUUGUGGCAUUGAUGAAGAUCAUGACAUAGUAGUACAGUAUCCAAGCGGCAACAGGUGGACAUUUAAUCCAGCUGUUCUCACCAAAGCCAAUGUUGUCCGAAGUGGAGAUGCUGCCCAAGGUGCAGAAGGAGGUACCUCACAGUUUCAAGUGGGUGACCUUGUUCAAGUUUGUUAUGAUUUAGAACGAAUCAAGCUUCUUCAAAGAGGUCAUGGAGAAUGGGCUGAAGCAAUGCUCCCUACUUUAGGUAAAGUUGGCCGGGUCCAGCAGAUUUAUUCAGACAGUGAUUUAAAGGUAGAGGUUUGUGGGACUUCUUGGACAUACAAUCCAGCAGCUGUCUCAAAGGUGGCAUCAGCAGGAUCAGCUAUAAGCAAUGCAUCUGGUGAGAGAUUGUCCCAACUUUUGAAGAAACUGUUCGAAACACAAGAAUCUGGGGACCUCAAUGAAGAACUUGUUAAAGCUGCUGCUAAUGGAGAUGUAGCUAAAGUGGAAGAUUUGCUAAAGAGACCAGAUGUGGAUGUGAACGGGCAGUGUGCUGGACACACAGCUAUGCAAGCAGCCAGUCAGAAUGGACAUGUUGACAUUUUGAAAUUACUUCUGAAACAGAACGUGGAUGUGGAAGCGGAGGACAAAGAUGGAGACAGGGCUGUUCACCACGCAGCUUUUGGAGAUGAAGGUGCUGUGAUAGAGGUUUUGCACAGAGGCAGUGCAGAUUUGAAUGCUCGCAACAAACGCAGACAGACUCCACUUCAUAUUGCUGUUAACAAAGGUCAUUUACAAGUUGUGAAGACUUUACUGGACUUUGGCUGUCAUCCUAGUCUCCAGGAUUCUGAAGGUGACACUCCGCUCCAUGAUGCGAUAAGUAAAAAACGUGAUGACAUCCUGGCUGUACUGUUAGAAGCUGGGGCAGAUGUUACUAUUACAAACAACAAUGGAUUUAAUGCUCUCCAUCAUGCUGCACUAAGAGGGAAUCCCAGUGCAAUGCGUGUAUUGCUGUCCAAGCUACCACGGCCAUGGAUUGUGGAUGAGAAGAAGGAUGACGGCUAUACUGCCUUACAUUUGGCAGCACUCAAUAAUCACGUGGAAGUGGCUGAACUCUUGGUGCAUCAGGGCAAUGCUAACCUGGAUAUCCAGAAUGUAAACCAGCAAACUGCACUGCACCUUGCCGUUGAACGACAGCACACACAAAUAGUUAGGCUCUUAGUCCGUGCAGGUGCUAAACUGGAUAUUCAGGAUAAAGAUGGGGAUACUCCCCUACAUGAAGCCCUGAGGCAUCAUACUUUGUCACAGCUUCGCCAGCUCCAAGACAUGCAAGAUGUGGGCAAGGUAGAUACUGCUUGGGAGCCAUCAAAGAACACAUUAAUAAUGGGACUUGGUACCCAGGGAGCAGAGAAGAAGAGUGCAGCAUCUAUUGCCUGCUUUCUGGCAGCAAACGGAGCUGAUCUCAGUAUUCGUAAUAAGAAGGGUCAGUCUCCUCUUGACCUCUGCCCCGAUCCUAGUCUCUGCAAAGCAUUGGCUAAAUGUCACAAAGAAAAAGUCAGUGGGCAGGUUGGCUCUCGAAGUCCUUCUAUGAUCAGCAAUGACUCAGAAACUUUAGAAGAAUGUAUGGUGUGUUCAGACAUGAAGAGAGAUACGUUAUUUGGCCCAUGUGGACAUAUUGCUACCUGUUCCCUCUGCUCACCACGGGUCAAGAAAUGCCUCAUCUGUAAAGAGCAAGUUCAGUCCAGAACAAAGAUUGAAGAAUGUGUGGUGUGUUCAGACAAGAAAGCAGCAGUACUCUUCCAGCCUUGUGGUCACAUGUGUGCUUGUGAGAACUGUGCAAGCCUGAUGAAGAAGUGUGUGCAGUGCCGGGCAGUGGUUGAGCGGAGAGUGCCUUUCAUUUUGUGUUGCGGAGGGAAAGGUACAGAAGAUACCGCUGAUGACAUUUCAAGUGGAAACAUUCCAGUUUUACAGAAAGACAAGGACAACACCAAUGUCAAUGCAGAUGUACAGAAGCUGCAGCAGCAGUUACAAGACAUAAAGGAACAGCAGGUAUACCUACGUUUCAACUCAUGUCUUCAGUGAUAAUCUAAUACAUUAGUGCAGCAACCUUUUAAAACCAUUUCUGGUGCCAAGCAGAAGCGAGGCCUGAUGUCAGCAAAAUCCCCACACGAUGACCACAUCAUUCUUCAGGGAUUCCCUGAAUGUGAACCAUCUUUGACUGUGAUUGCAGUUCCCUCCACCACAUUUCAUACGUAAUCACCCUCAUCUGUCUGUAAUAAAUACUUUAUAUAUGUUCCUUCACCAUACGUAUGUCAUUUCUUUUUAUUUAAAAUUAAAGUUAUUGUAAUGUCACUGUGCACCUGUAUCUUGUGCCUGGAAACACUGUUAUCAGUAAUAAAAAAUUGUUAUAGGUUCUAAUAUGGCACCCAUAUCAGGCAAAAACUAAAAUAUGCUGCUAAAAUUGACUUAUUUGCAAUAUCAUACCCCAGUGAUAAUCUCAUGUUAUUGCCAAGAUCUUUCCAUACUAUCUUAACUCUGUGGAUUAAAACUGAUUAGAACUGACUGGGUGCCUUUAUGGUGGUGUUUCAGAAGCAAGAAUACAUAAUAUAUAAAAAGAAAUCAAAUACUUUCUCCAGGCACAGAAUUUUCAUUUGUUUCCCCUCAAAAGAUCUCCAGCUAAUUUAUUCAUAUAGGGUUGAGGUAAUAGACAUCAAAUUUUGGCACUAAAGCAGGAGGCCAAAUUAAAAGUAUAGUCAAAAUAUCUACCAUUUGUUUGCUGUUCUUCUUCUUACAAAAACAGGGUGUAAGGCACUGAUAGUCAUGUAACUAGAGUACAAUUGGAGAGCAGGCAGGUAGGUUGAUCGUUCUGUGCAAAGUUACUUAAAGCUGCUGCCAUGUGAAGGUAAAUAAACUAAAACAUGUAUGACAUUGAAAAAUGAAACUGGUCUCUACAAAUAAAUAUUCACCGUUUUUAUGAUAAGCAGGAAGAAUCUGAACGAUCUGCUCAUGCCUCCAUACAAUUGAAGAAAGACCUAUUGUCUGAGUUUGAGAUACCACCAGGGAAUUUCUUCUAAAUUGUGUGCUGCAAUAAAAUGAGUAAACAAAAUAAAACAACAUUUUUGCCUGCAUUGCUUAGGCAGAAUACACUUUUACAGUGUCCUAUGAUGUACAUAUACAUUUCCAAAUUACUCUAUUAUAUUGGAGAGAAACAGAUUUUUUUAUUCUAAUUGUAAGAUAUAUAGUCAGACCCCAAAGCAAACUACAGGGGUAAAGAACAUACAGUGGAGAGGACUUGAAUUCUGUUCUUGCAGGAUGAGAUUAGGGUUUAUACUUGUAUCCCUUCUAAAAGGGAUACUUUAGGACUAUUAAAUUAUGUACAUGCACCCUAGGAAAGCUAUUUAAUGUUAAUAAGUAAUUAAUGAAGAAUUUCCCCAUACUUUGGACUUUAUGAUACUAUGAAUUAUAAGGAUGAUACUUAGUUGUACCAGGUGAGGAUUUGGCUUCAGUGAGGAAGGGGGUGGAUGGACUGAUUUACAAUCAGUUCCUUGCAGUGCUUUAGUGGAAGAUAAUUACAUAAAUUUUAAGUUAUUGAAAAUCAUGAAUAGAUAUGGUGAUGCCAUACUCGCCCUGACAACAUUUGAACAUGAAAUAUGCUUGUUGAGAAUGCAUAAUUUUUUAUAUUUGCAAAUUCAUUCAAAAAGUUCAAGGUCUUAUCUGGCAGUGGGUGUGUCUACACUGCAAUAAAAAACCUCUGUCAUGAAUCUCAGAGCUCAGGUCUCAGAGCGCACCAGGCUGGGGCUGCAGGGCUAAAAAGUGCAAUUAGAUGUUUGGGUUCGGGCUGGAACCUGGGCUCUGAGACCUACCAGAGGGUUUCAGAGCCUGGGUUCCAGCCUGAGCCCUACACUAUAAUUUUUAGCCCAGCGAGUCUGAAUCCACUGACCCAGGCCAGUCAUGGCUAUGCCACUGGUCUCUUACUGCAGUGUAGAUUUAGAUACCUUCUGGCAGCUCCUUAGCUAUGCUGAUUUCACAGAGAUUGAAAUAAGAGAUAAUUGGACAAAUUCUGAUUUUAAACUCUGUGUAAACAUGUGGAGGUGAUGAGCCAUGAUAACCAGGACUAUACUAAAGAAUGUUUGUCCCUGCAUUUAAUUGAUUCCAUAGAAGGCCUGCCUAAAAUUUUACAUUUUAUUGUGUGGACACUGCUGUGGAUAUGUACACCUUGCCCUGGUGUAACACUACUUUGGUAAACCUGCAGUGAUUUAAAAAGUAGAUCAGAAAAAACAGUGCACAAGUGCAAGGUGAUAGUGAAAUAAAUUUGUAUUUAUGGGCCACUGUUAAUAAGGGUCCAAUUAUACAUGGUUUAUAGAGGGUUUACAAUAUUUUUUUCAGUUAUAAGCAUGUUACAGACAUUCGUAUGUGUCUCGGGUGGUUAUAAGCACACUAUAGAUGUCAGUUUAAGAAUGAGUAGAAACUCCUCAGUAGAUAUACGUUGUGGUUAUAAGCAACCUGUUGAUCUAACAGUCCGUAACAACUGAUUAUUAAAAAUCUAUUUAUGUAUUACCCCUUUAUAAACCAUUUAUAAGUGAAACUUCAAUGUGAUUAUGGUGAAGGAACAAACAUGUGCCUUGUAGUUGAACUUUUGCAUAUGAUGUAGGUGGAGGACCCUGCAGGCACAGUCAAGGAUGGUUCUCUUAAGGGACAAACUUUCAUGGUGAACAGUUGUAAGAGAUCCUUUUGGGUAUUGGUCUCACUUUAUGUUUAAUAGUAAAAACUGGUUUUAAAGGGUUGCUGUGCGGAUCUGAAUUGGGGUAAAAGGCUCAGAUAAGUUGAGCAGCCCUCCAUUGAAACAUUAAAUUUUCAUAUAUGUUAUCUGGAUUUCUAAAAAACAGAACACAUGCAGGAUAUGGUCCUAUGCAAGUAAUGAUUAUUCCUUUACAAGUAACAUUGAAAGUACAGAAUUAAAGCAUAUAUUGGAAUACACCAGUUACUUUUCUUCAGAAAGCUGGUAUCUUAAAUGUUGUUGGUAAAGCUUCUGAAAAUAUUGAGUUACUUAGGAUUCCAAAUCAGUGAGCAAAUUACUUCCCAGAGGAAAAUUGAAAGUCACUUCACAUCAGUGGUGUUUAGCAUGUAUGUUGGGACUGUUAACUAUUUUAAAAAAAGCAAAACCAUAUUCAUACUAUUUCUGAGUCCAUGAGGUGCUUGGCGGGGGGUAAGGAAGAGUGUGUGUGUUUGUGUGUGAGAGAGAGAGGUAGGUAAAUGAGUAGGUAGAAAUUUGAGGCAUGGGUGGUAAAUAAUUUGUUCAUUGAAUUACAUACACAAAUGUCUGUGCUUCAUAGAUUUCCCUGUUUCCUUAAAAUUGUAUAAAGGAAACCAAAGGGGGAUGCAGCUGAAAAUUGCAUAUUUACUCUGCUAUGAACUUAAAUGAUGCCAUCAGAUUUGUGUAGAAAGCUACUGUGGGGUUGGUUUUCUUAUUUUGUGGAGAAGGAGUUUAAAAAACUCAGUUGUUGUUCCUUCAUAAAACAAAUAAUUUAUACUGAGGAUUAAAUUAAAUAGUGAAUUUACUAUUUUGUAUUUACUGGCUAAAGGCAGGUUAUUGUCGUUCUGUGGCUUGGUUUCUCUAUUGCAGUGAUCUCUGUUCACUCAACAGUUGCAUAUAUUAAAUUUUCUACAAUUAAUAGAAUGCAUACUUGAUACUUUUUUCUCACCAUUGCUGUCCACUACCUAACUUGUCAAAAUCUUUUACAGACCAUGUGCCCUGUUUGUUUGGAUCGUCUGAAGAAUAUGAUCUUUCUCUGUGGCCAUGGAACAUGUCAGCUUUGUGGAGACCGAAUGAGUGAAU